AUGCCGAAGGCGUCCACCAAGUCCUCCCAGAGACGGUCGUCGGCAAAGAAGGGUGAUAACCGCUUCAUCUUGCCCGACCCCUCGGUCCCCGAACCGAAGAGGAGAAGCCCUGUUAGGGAGCAUCGUCGAUCUCGCUCGGGCUGCUUUACCUGCCGACUUAGACGGAAGAAGUGUGAUGAAGAGAGGCCUACUUGCCAGUCCUGCUCUAAGCAUGGCCUUCGCUGCGAGUACAAGACUCCACAGUGGUGGGCAACGCCGGAGCAACGUGAUCGCCAGAGGGACCGGGUCAAGGAGCGCAUCCGCCAGACCAAGGUUAUGGAGAAGGAAGGUUCUUUGAAGGACUACAUGGAACGUAUCAAAGAGCUGUGCCGCAAAUCCCCCGGCAAGUCUGUGCCGGCUCCAGCUGACGCCCUACUCGGAGAGCCACCAAGCACCACUGUGAACCCUUAUGCCGAGCAGCCUUAUGUCGCCCAGCCGCUUCCCACCCCGGUCACUGCAACUGGCGCCACCCCCGUCACCCCGUUUAAUUUCGAGUUCAGAUCCCAGAGCGAGACUAUGUGGCCCGCACCUGCUCCUGCUCCUGCACCAGUUCCUACGGUUCCUACUGUGCUUAACCCCUAUUCAGCGGCGUUCAACCCCGUCAGCCCAGCCAACCCUGUUCAGGCCGUUACUCCUGUUACUCCCGUCAACCCCAUGCAGCCACAGAUGUCUACUCCUGAGGUGUCUAACUCCGAAUGGCUUAACCCCCUGCCAACUCAAGUAACAGCAGGCACCCUCUUCCCAUCACAGACGCAGCAGAUGCUCCAGCAGCCAUAUAACCCACUGAACCCUUACGGAUACCAACAAGCACCAGCACCUUUGUCUUCAUGUCUAGAGUCUAUGAUUCCAAUCAAUGAAACCGACAGGCCGCUACUCAAUCACUUCAUCGACAAUGUUAUUCCUCUGGUGUUCCCCAUGUCGGAACCCCUUCAAACCGGACCAGGCCGCGUCCGCGAGAUCUUCAGCCUUGUCAAGUCCAACCGCUCGUACAUGCACUGCUGUCUGAGCGUCUCCGCGAUUCAUCUCAAGACCAGCAUGGGAAUGCACGAUGAGAUGGACCAUGACAUUGUGAAGCACCGCUAUGAAGCAAUCUGCCAGCUCACCGAGGCUCUCAAGAACGCCAACAACAACAAGAUAGGGUUCAUGGAUGCCACCCUCGCCAUAAUCUUCUACAACUGCUCAGUGGGCACCUCAGACGAUUACCUGCCUGAUAUUCCCUGGCAUGCUCACUUCCGAGGCGUUACCAACGUUGUCAAAAUGCUCCACAGCGCACCCAGCCGGUUCAACGUCUCCCUCAUCGCCUGGAUUGACAUCCUAGGCGCCACUAUGCUUGGGGAAACCCCUCAUUUCGCGCACACCUAUCGCACAAAGCACCUUCGCGGCGUCUCCUCGGGGCUCCAACCACUAAUGGGCUGUGACGACCGCAUCAUGUACCUCAUAUCCGAGAUCGCUUGUCUCGAAUCACUCAAGCGCGAAAACCAGGUCGACGAUCUCUCCGUCUGCCAGCAUAUCAACGCUCUAGUCGCACAGCUCGACUGGACCGAGCCCCUUGACGCAACACUCGAAAUCCCCUUCACAAACACGGGCAUCGUGCGCCCAGACGCCCUCAUAAAGAUCCUAACAACGCUUUUCCGCCUCGGAGCACGCAUCUAUCUCUUCAGCCUUCUCCCCACAUUCGAUCCGUACGACGCCUCCAUUACAACGCUCGUCUCUGCCGUCGUCGACACCCUCAGAUAUAUCCCCGCCGGUACGCAUGGCUUCGAUCGCGCCCUCGUCUGGCCGCUCUUCAUGGCCGGCGCGCACUCCAUUCCCUCCUCUCUCUUCCGCAAGGUCAUGGCAGAGCGCGUCACUGCCCUCGGGUACCUAGGCAGCUUUGGCAGCUUUGGCCGCAUGUACCGCGUGCUCAAAGCCAUCUGGCGAGUAGCCGACAGUACACCGUCUUCACCGGCGUCUUCGACCUCGUCGGAGUAUGCAUCCAGCACGGAGCAGGACCAGGCUCAGGUUCAGGCGCCGGAGCCCGGUCCUGAGCCGCUACCUUGCUGGCGAAAUGUCAUGAAGGAGAAUAAAUGGGAUUACUUACUGAUGUAG